GUGAUUCCAGGCCCGGCAGGCAGCUCCUCGGGACGCGCCAUGGGAGCCGGGCGCUUCUUCCUGCUGCUACUGCUGGGGGUUGAAUCAUCAGCAAUAUCUGAGAGUAGAGCUGAGCCAAGCAGUCGCAACUGUGGUGAUGGAGAAUAUCUGCAUCAAGGCUACUGCUGUAAAUACUGUCCUGCUGGCACUUAUGUUAGUGAACACUGCAAGGUUCCACAUACUGAAGGAAUUUGUUACCCUUGCACAGAUGGAGAGGAUUAUACUGCUCAUGCAAAUGGCCUAGACGAAUGCAUACGAUGUAAACUGUGCAAAGAAGAUCAAGUAACUGUGAGCACCUGCACUUCAACGAGAAAUACUGAAUGUCAGUGCAAGCCAGGCUAUUUCUGUCCUACUCUAGGCUGUGAGAUGUGUUACAGAUGCAAGUCAAAGUGUCCAGAAGGGAAAGAAAUUGUACAAAAAUGCAAUGCUACAGUUGACCUGGAGUGUGGCCAUCCUCCCAUAGGGACUGCGACCACUGCAGGUUGUAUUGCUGGGGUCAUCGUGUUCAUUGCUUUUGUGGCUGGGUGCCUUCUUUUAUUUAAGAAAAGGAUAUCAUAUAAUAAAACAAAUAAAGAAAACAAAGAUACAGAAAAAGAUGUGGAGUCUGAGGAUAGCACUGAAAUUUUCUUUGCACCAGAAAUGGAGAAUGCUAACGCUAGUGCAUCCAUUUUAGAGAUCCAAAACUCUGUUCAGAGUCCACCAGUUUUAGCAGUUAAUAGUCCUGAUUCUGCACUAAGAAAUGCGUUGCCUGAGGAUACCAGUGUUGCCUUUUCUGAAAGAAGUGGCCUACUAAAUAGUGAAAACAACUCAUGGGAAGAGUCUUACCACAGGACUGCAGGAUAUUCAGCACCAGUAAAGCCUCCAGACAAGCCCAAUUUUGUCUUUCACCCUGGACAGUCAAAUGGUGGGAUGUCCGUAUCCCGGAUGGUCAGGGAUUCUGAAGCCAGGCCUGAUAUAAUAGUUAAAGAGCUUUCUCAAGAAGCAUUAAUUGAAAGUUUUUAUUAUUUUAUAAAAGAAGUGCCACCACGCAACUGGAACAUGUUUAUGAGAACUCAUCUAACAGAUAAUGAAAUUGAUAAAACAACGUUUGAACAUCCAAAAAAUAUUGAAGAGGGAUAUUAUCAGAUGCUGAUCAUUUGGAGAAACAAAUUUGGAAAUGAGGCUUCCAUUAUUAAAUUAUUAGAUAGCCUAUGGAAUAUAGGACUUAGAAGGUGUCAUGAAAAUAUAGUAAACCAUUUAAUAAGUAAGGAUAUUAUAACUCUGCUAGAGGCCAAAGACUAAUGAGUAUACUAUUAUCAACAAACAAAAGAAUCUGUAAACUCUAUAGAUACGUUUCUAUAUGCAACCUUGCUUUAGUGCAUGGUGCCAAUUUUUUUUAUUGUUGGUUUAAGAAAACUUGAAAAUAUCAACAUAAAAACUACUGGUAAAAUAAGUAGAGAAAUUAGUUCAGAUAUCUUCACUGCGACUCAUGUCAUCUGGAAUAGCUGAGUCUCAGAAAUGUAUCUUACAGGACUCUACUUGUCAUUCAUUAAUCAUGACAAGGAUUCAAGUAGCUGUGUUCACUGAGAAUGUGUCCUGAGUUGUAAGACAUGGGUACCCUUUUCAUGUUCAGUUGAGGAAAGAACAUAAGUGUACAUUAAACUAUAUAAUAAACUUUGAAUGCUGUUAUGUCUUGGGAAAUGCGAACAGUAAGGGGAACUUCACAGUAACUGGAUGGAGUGAUAUUUGUUAUUGAAGGUUUUGAAGUAUAUUGUCAUUUUAUCAUCUGCCCUGAUAAACAGGACCAAACAACAUCCAGAAUCUUAAGUUAUUUUUUAUGUGCAGUGAAGAAUGUACUUAUUUGAACACUGUAAUGUGAAGCGAUUCAUAGAGUUUUAUGCCAGAAGGGAACAUUAGACCAUCUAGUCUGAUCUCCUGUUAACUCAGGUAAUUAAAUUUCACACAGUUACCUUUGUAUUGAGCCCAAUAAUUUGUGUUUGGCUAAAGCAUAUCUUACAAAAAAAAAAUCCAGUCUUGAAGUGAAGACAGCAGGAGAUGAAGAAUUCACCACAUCCCUUGAUGAUUUGUUCCAAGGGCUAAUUGCGCUCACUGUUAGGAAUUUCUGCCUUAUUUUUAAUUUGAAUUUAUCUAGCUUUAGCUUCUAGACAUGAUUCAUCUAGUAGAGAAAGGCAAAAUAAGAAAGUACCUGGUAUUUUCUCCCCAUGAAGGGACUUGGAUAUUGGAAUCAAGUACCUCAUCUUUUUGAUAAGAAGAAAGAGCUCUUUAAGUCUUCCACUGUAAAGCAUUUUCUCUAGUCCUUGAAUCAUUUUUGUGGCUCUUUUCUGUAACUUUUCCAAUUUUUCACACCAGAACUACAUGCAGUAUUCCCGUUUCACUGGUGCUGUAUACAGAGGUAAAAUCAUCUCUCUAAUCUACUCACUAUCCUGUUUAUGCAUCCAAAAAUUACAUUGGCCCUUUGCCACAGCAUCACACAGGGAGCUUAUGUUCAGUUGUUUCUUUACUGUGGCCCUUAAAUCCUUUUCAUAGUCACUGAUUUCCAGGAGACAGUUCCCCAUUCUGUAGAUAUUGUCUACAUUCCUUGUUCCUAGAUGUAGAACUUUGCAUUUGGCUUUGCAAAGUGCAUUUUGUUUGAAUGGGCUCAGCUUACCAAUAAACAGUAAAAGCAAUAAAUACAUAAGUCUAUAAAUCUGUUUUUUUACAGUACAUUUAAAUGCUGUAUUGUUUUUAUUGUCCAAUCUAAAUCUUAAAAUUAUGCAAAUGGAAUUUCUACUUAAAACCUAUUGUUUAUUACAUACUUUAUAUAUUUUGCUAUUAAAAGAUUUUCACUCU